CGUUCUUCAUAGCUUUUUUUAUUCUUUAUUUCAAGGACAAAUACAGCUUGAGUCAUACAAAGUAAAGUUGGGAGACUCUGCUGAUAAACCCAAAAAAUAUUCUUACAGUAAAAAAUUGUCUUGACACGAGACCGGGGUUUCAAUGUCCAACUGCUGAUUUAGCUCAGUUUGAGUGGAAAAAUGCAGAAGAGAUCUACUGAUUCACAAAAAAACUUCAUUCACUUUCUUGAUCUCCAUUCGGAUCUGGACGAUUCUGAAUCGUUCUUGAAAUCAUAGCUCACGAAUCGAACCAACAAUGGCGGGUCCCAAGAUGCAUUUGCUGCCUCUCCUCCUCCUUUCCAUUGCUGCUCUCUUCUUCUACUCCUACUACCACUCUACUCUUCAUGCCUUCACCCCUACUCCUAACUCUAAUCCUAGUUUUCCCCUUCAAAGCUCCCAGACCCCUCGCCGGGACUUCACUUUCAUCGUCAAGGUUCUCGCCUACAACCGCCUCGACUCGCUGGCCCGCUGCCUCCGCUCCCUGGCCGCCGCUGACUAUCUCUCCGAUCGGGUACACCUCCACGUCUACAUCGAUCACUUCGCAUUCGUCAAUGGCACCACCGAUGUGGAUCGUAUGUUGGAGAAUUCGCAUCGGAUUUUGGAGUUUGCUGAUGGGUUCAAUUGGAAAUUUGGGGAGAAGCUCAUCCAUUAUCGGACCCAGAAUGCCGGGCUUCAAGCCCAGUGGCUGGAGGCCUGGUGGCCUGAGUCCGAUGACGAAUUCGCCUUCGUUGUGGAGGAUGACUUAGAGGUAUCGCCGCUUUAUUACAAGUUUCUUAGGAGUUUGAUUGUGAAUUAUUACUAUGGUGAUCCAGAUUUUCGUCCGUACAUCUAUGGAGCUUCACUACAGAGACCAAGGUUUGUUCCAGGUAAACAUGGAAACAAAAUACAAUUGGAUAAUGGAACCAGAAUUUUUUUAUACCAAUUGGUAGGCACUUGGGGUCAGCUCCUCUUUCCAAAACCUUGGAAAGAGUUCAGACUGUGGUAUGACAAACACAAGGCCAAGGGCAUAAAGCCAUUUCUUGAUGGAAUGGUAACAAAUGGUUGGUAUAAAAAGAUGGGGGAGAGAAUAUGGACUCCUUGGUUCAUUAAAUUUAUUCAUUCUCGUGGCUAUUAUAAUUUUUACACUAACUUCUUACAUGACAGAGCACUGAGUGUCUCUCACAGAGAUGCAGGUGUCAACUAUGGUAAAACUGCUGGGCCUGAUUCCAGUUUGUUGGAUGAAAACUCUCUUGAUUUCAACCUUUUGGAAAUGCAGCCAUUAAAAUACCUGAAGUGGUAUGAUUUCUGUUUCAGAGAAGUACUUCCUGAAAGAAUUGUUAGGAAUUUUGAUGAACUUGGGCCUGUUCUUCACUCAGUGCAAAAACAGGAAACUGCAAUUCUUGUGAGCCUAUACGGAGCAUCAGAGAUGGUCACAAGGAACCUGGUUUGCAACUUUGAGAAGUUAAAUAUUUGGAACUUCAUUUUCAUUGGCCCCGAGUCAGAUUUCCUGCUUGACCUUGCACGAAGAGGACAUCCUGUGAUCAUCGGAGACCAUUUCUUGAGGAGUGUAACAACUUUCAAAAUGCCAGAUUCCCAUUCAGAUAUGAUGAGCUCCAUAUUGGUGAAGGCCUAUGUGAUAAUGAAGAACAUAGAAUUAGGAUACAAUUCUUUGGUCAUUGAGGGGAACAUGCUUCUACUUAAAGGUUAUCCUUAUUUCGAUCUUGAUAAUACCUAUGACUUCUAUAUUGGGAAGAUCUCAGGACUUUUCUUCAUUAGAAGCUCAACUUCUACUCGAAAAAUUUGGGUUGACAAGUUUAUCUUAGAUGUUGCAAUGAUGUUGAAGUCUCUGUUGAGUAAACAAGAGAGCACAAGUUUUGCAGGUCUAAUAGAAAAAUUAUUGGAACAAAAGAGUAAGAAGAUUAAGAGAGUUGAUGAGACAAACAUUGGUGUUGAUAUUUCUUCCAAUAAUGAUAACCACUUUUCUUUAGGCGUUGAAAAAAAAAUUGUUGACUGGUCUGCCGAUAUGGAUUUAGAUUUAGUUAAGAAACGGCUUGACAAUUUCGGUGCAUGGAUGAUAUUCGACGACUUUUCGUGCAAGGCUGUUGUGUGUCACCAGUCAUAAUAGCAUCUGCUGGCGAUUACUAGAAUUUUUAUGUGUUCCAUAGUUUUUUUGCACUGCCUUUUAUUUUUGCAGGCAAAAUCAUUUUUUUUGUCUUAGUCACAGAUUGAUGCCAUUAAUUUUGUUGUGUAGGCUGUAAUAGUUCGAUCGAGAUAUAGAUAUAAAGAGUUGUAUUGGAACAGAAUAGAUAGUGAAACUGAAAGGCCACCACUAUGGGGCCCCGCAUAUUCUAGACAAAUUAUAUGUGGUUGAUUGAUAUUUAGUUAGAUUCUUUGUUUAGUUUUCAAAGAAAAUAAGUCCUAGCACUGUACAUUCAAGUAUGACCGAUUAUUCCUUAAAGAACGCCAACACUACACUCUGGUUGUAAGGAACCAAAAAAGGCAAUGAACAAGCAUCCAUUGGCAUGCGAAGGUAAUCAUAGUGAAAGUUUUCAAAGUCGUUAAA